GUCUCCCCACCACCGUCCAUAACCAGGAAAUGGUCAAAAAGAAAGAAUAAAAUUUAAUACUCUCCUUGCAAAUUUGGUCUCCAACAGGUUUCGUGUUAGAAAUUUCACAAUUCUUCCUGUAAUUUUCCUUCACUCUCACGUUACUCUGAUUCCCUGCUGUUACCAAUCUGUUUUAGGGUUUCCUUUUUUUCUCCAAUUUCUCCCACAAUCAUGAAACUGAUCUGGGUUUUCCUUUUCUUGACCCUGACCAUGACGGUUCUUGCAUGUGGUCACGAUGGGUUAGAUUCUCACCCUCUUCCUAGACCAUUGAUAAUCCAGUACCCAGAAAUGGUCGAAUUUCAAUCGAACAAGGCAGGAUCUGAUGAAGAAGAGCUUCGAUUGGAGUGUACAAGUUGGAGAUUUGCAGCAGAGACAAACAAUUUGAGUCCAUGGGAUACAGUUCCUAUAGAAUGCGGUGAAUAUGUGAAGGAAUAUAUGGAAGGUCGCGGUUAUGGAUUCGAUCUAGAAAGAGUUUCGAAGGAAGCUGGAUCAUUUGCCAAGAAUUUCAAAUUGAAUGAGGAUGGAAAAGAUGCUUGGAUUUUCGACAUCGAUGAGACUCUUCUUUCUAAUCUUCCAUAUUACGAAGAACAUGGUUAUGGGUUGGAGAUUUUUGAUCGAGUGGAAUUUAACAAAUGGGUUGAGAAGGGGAUGGCACCAGCAAUAAAACCCAGUUUGAUUCUUUAUGAGGAGGUUUUGAAAGUUGGAUUUAGGGUUUUCUUGUUGACCGGUCGGAGUGAAAGCUAUAUGGAUGCAACCGUGGAAAACUUGAAAAGAGUUGGGUUUCAGGAUUGGGACAUGAUCAUAUUAAGGGGGAGGGAGGAUCAUAUGAAACAUGCGACAGCAUUCAAAUCUGAGAAGAGGGAAGAAAUGGUGAGAGAUGGGUUUAGGAUUGUGGGAAAUUCUGGAGAUCAAUGGAGUGAUUUGUUGGGUUCUUCAAUGUCAAUUAGAUCUUUUAAACUUCCUAAUCCAAUGUAUUUUAUUCCAUGAAAUUUGUAUUCAUUUGUAAUAACAGAUAAUGAUUCUC